GCGUACACCGUAACCGGCAGUCGCUCCCUGAUUCCCAGAAACCCCAUUCGCCCCUUCCUCCGCCCACCACCACCACCAGUCCACCACCACACCACGAAGGCCCUAUGCCCCGAGGCAGCUCGCAGCGGUGCACCGCCUCCGGGCCGCCGGCCUCGAUGGUCUCCGCCUCCGCCUCCGAGGACGAACUCGCCCUCCUCACCGGCCCGCAGCUCGUGAUCCACCUCACCAAGACCCACCGCAGAGCCGACUUCGAUGCGGUUUCGCGCAUCCUCGCCGCGCGGGACCGCGAGAGGGCCACUCUCGAGGCGAAUCUGGCGGCUGCGGAGGCCGAACUCGAGGCAGCGAGGGCGCGCUUGGUGGGGGUCGACGAGGUGCACUCCAACCUAAAGGCCGCGCUCAGGGAGCUCAAAGCACAGGAGGAGAAGAAAAAGGCGCUAGCCGGCGCGUACCACCGGCCGCGGGACGAGACCGACGAGAUGGCGUUCGUGCCCGGUGACGCCGCCCCAGAAGCGGUGCAUCGGGACGAGGGGCGCGUCAAGGAGGCCAAGGAAGGGGAGGGGAACGACGACGACGACAUUAUUGACCUGUGCAGCGACGGGGAGGAAGGGGAUAGGACGGCGGUGGCCGGCGAGAUGGAAAUGGAAGGGGACGAAGAUGGGGAUGACAAAGUGCCGCUGAGCCAGCGCUUCAAGCGACUACGGCGAGCCGAGCCCGGUGAGUUGGAAUCGGGGAAGGGAGAUGGACAGGGGCAAAUCGAUUCUGUCAGUACUCUGGGGAAUGAUCAGCAGAAAUCUUCGUUUGUAAAGAUGGAGGAGCAGAUGACAAGAACCGGGAAGAUGGCCUGUAUGCCCGAGGCUUCAAAGGUGGCAGCUUCCGUGCAGGAGAGUGUAGUUGUGAAAUCAGAAAAGUUUGAUGAUGAGAUGCCCAGGACAGUGCUGCUUCCUUCUCCGGGGCUUCUUAGCAAGAGCCCUCUACAGAAGGGUCCUUCCAAGAGUGACUAUUGUAAAGCCGGAACUGGCGAAAAAGAAGGCUCAUUUGAUGGUGUUCCAGCUACUGGAGUCAGUCAGCUAUUGAAGGGGGAUGCAAAAAUGAACAAGACACCAAUGGUUGAAUCAUCGGACAAAUGUGGCAACAAGGUCAUUGGUGCUGAAAAAUGUUCACCUCUAUUAAGACCGAGUGAGGAACGGAUGAUGUCGAGGGUUGGAGUUCCAUUUGAACCUUGCAAUGGCAACAACAAGUAUGUCCAGGUAAAGAGGGAGGCGGGCUCGUUGCCUUCAACAAUUACCAGUGAGUGGGACUCUGAAGGACAUCUGUGUAGUUCAGUUUGCAAUCAUGUGGAGAUAGCUAUGCAAGCUCUCUGUGCUCUUUAUCGCCAAAGGAAGUUAGCAAUGGGGGAUGCAAGAGAGGAAUCCAGGGCACGUACCUUGGCGGAAUUUCUUUUGGAUGGUGAUCUGCAGGGACCAAUGAGAAGAACUGUUGCGGAACUAGAGAAUCAUGAUGCGACAAAUCCACUUUUUCUUAUCCAAGUAACAAUCAGUUGCUCUGGGCAGUUGUAUGAUAUUUUCAGGAAGAAAGAAGAUCCAUACUUCUGUUGACGACAACGAAGCAGUAAGUACGUGGAUAAGAUGCAGACUCCAUAACUUGUCAUGGAAGAGGGGCAUAUUUUGUUGUGAUGCAGGUGGUACCGAAACCAAACAGUAUGGAUUAGAGUGAUCCUAAUUAGGAGUAGUUCCUCGUUGAACCAUGGUUUGAACCCGUUGAUGAAGAAGCAUCGACAUGGCGGCUCUCAUGUCGAACUUUGUUUUCUGCUAGGAUUUGAAUUGCUGAUGCCGGGGUGCAUCUCUUUUGUACAGUAUGAUGUAGUCAUGUGACUCCCUUGCAGGGGUGUUCUAUGAAUCCUCUGAUCUGCGAAUCAUUACCAUUAUAAGAUGCGUUGAUGUGGACCCUGUGCA